GGGGUUUUGGACCAACCAUCGGGUCGCGUGUUCAUUUCGCCUUUGAAAGUUUGAAUCAUAUCGCAUCAUGGCUGUGGGCAAGAACAAGAGAUUGACCAAGGGUAAGAAGGGUGGCAAGAAGAAGGCCGUCGACCCCUUCACCCGCAAGGACUGGUACGACAUCCGCGUCCCGGGCAUCUUCCAGCAGCGCACGAUCGGCAAGACGCUCGUGAACCGCACGUCGGGCACGAAGAUCGCCUCGGAGGGCCUCAAGGGCCGCGUCUUUGAAGUCUGCCUCGCGGACCUCAACAAGGACGAGGACCAGAGCUUCCGCAAGAUCCGUCUCUGCUGCGAGGACGUCCAGGGCACGCAAGUGGUCACGGGCUUCCACGGCAUGGACUUCACGCGCGACAAAAUCUGCUCGCUCAUCAAGAAGUGGCAGACGCUCAUCGAGGCGUUCGUCGAUGUCAAGACGACCGAUGGCUACACCAUCCGCCUCUUCUGCAUCGCGUUCACCAAGAAGCGCCCCAACCAGAUCAAGAAGACGUGCUACGCCCAGACCGCCCAGAUCCGCGCCAUCCGCAAGAAGAUGACGACGAUCAUGACGGAGCAGGCCAGCAAGUGCGACUUGAAGGACCUCUACCUCAAGUUCAUCCCCGAGAUCAUCGGCAAGGAAGUCGAGAAGGCGUGCCAGGGCAUCUUCCCGCUCCAGAACUGCUUCGUCCGCAAGAUGAAGGUCUUGAAGAAGCCCAAGUUCGACGUCACCAAGCUUAUGGAACUCCAUGAGGAAGGUGCCGAGGAGAAGGGCGCCAAGGUCGUCCGCGACGAGGACCUCCUCGUCCAGUCGAUGGCCGGCACGGGUGGCCGCUUGUAAGCGACCUCUACCAACCACGUCUACCGAGCGAAAUCUCCGACGAUGUAGUCUUCUUAAAGGCAAAUUAAUGGAAGACAACUCAACAGCCAAACGCGAUAUUCAGAUAGGCUAUA